AUGCUUGCCUCAAGUCCAACGCCUUUCGUCGCCUAAAAUCUCAGGUACUCACCUCAACAAAAUUCAACCAAACAGAUUCCCUCCCUCCUUCGGAGAUCUGAUCUCGGCUGGCGACGAUAUGGGGAACGAUGAGGGACAGGAACGUUUGAUCUAGAGUUGAAAUGAAACGCAGUCGAAUCUGUUUCCAUUUGGCAGUGUUUUGGGCAACCCGUUCCUGUUCAAUGACGUCGGCGAUUUCAGCGACGGUGAAUUCCAGAGUUCCGGGAUUUUCUUCUUGACACCUUUCCUGCUGUUCCAAGGCGGAUGAAUGGAUUUGUCUAAGGUCGGAGAAAAUAUUCUCAGCUCCGUACAGUCAGCAAUGUCCCUUGGACUCCUGCCUUCUGUUUCCUCGUCUGAUCGCCCGGAGGUCACGUAGUUCGAGUUACUAAUCAGCAGAUUAUGAAUCCGAAUCAGCUUGAUUUUCUUCGUUUAUGGAGACUAUAUGAAGGCUACUCUUAUGGUUUAGUUAUGUUGAUAGAAUUGCCAAUGCUAAAUGGGAGGUAAAAGAGUUUGGUAUGGAGCACAAUAGGUAUGUUGAUUUAUUGUUGAGAGUAUUUAAGCACUAUAAAACAAGGCUUGCUGAUGGUGGAAUCCAAAACGAGGUGCAAGAACUCCUCUUGAAAUAUGGUCUCGAACUUGUUGCAGAAACUAUCAUUGAGGGUCUAUCUAGAGUGAAGAAAUGCACCGAUGGAGGACUAGCUCUCAUGACUUUAGAUCAUCAGAUAAUUAUUUAUAUUUUGAAAAGAGCUUAUUCUUUCUUUGUGCUUCUUCUUACUACCAAUCUUGCAUCUUUUGGUGGAUAAGUCAAGUUCUGUUUUUGUUCCUUUCAGGCUUCAAUCAAUGGCCUACAACACUUGGUCUCUUCAAACGUGAAGCCAUAGUUACAUAUGGUCGACACUUUCAUCAAGGCUUAUUACCUUCCAGAAACUAAAUUUAUGCACUGGGCACAUGCUCUCAUUCUGUAAGAUAACUUUACCAAACUGAUAACUGUUUUGAUACUGUCGUAUUUUGAUCCUCGAACAUGACAAGCAUGUGCUAGAGAAGAUCGAGUGAGCUGGUACGUAGGUACAAAAUACCGCGUCAAGUUUCACACUC